AUGCAGAACGGGGAGGCUAUGAGCCCACAGGACCCCAAGGCGGCAGGAGCCGAGGCCUUGGAGGACCAGAAGGCCCAGAAUCAGAGUCAGAACCUUGCAUGUGUGGAGCCCACAGCGCCCCCGCUUCCUCCUCCUCCUUCACCGCCGCCACCGGGGCCACCGGAAUACCCAAGACCCAGGCUCAUCUUCCACACACAGCUGGCCCAUGGGAGUCCAACAGGCCGCAUCCACGGAUUCACCAAUGUCAAAGAGCUAUAUGCCAAGAUAGCUGAAGUGUUCAACAUCUCCCCAUCAGAGAUCCUGUUCUGCACCCUAAACUCUCAUAAAGUGGACAUGCAAAAGCUUCUGGGUGGACAGAUCGGACUGGAGGACUUCAUCUUUGCUCAUGUCAGAGGAGAAACCAAAGAGGUGGAGGUGACAAAGACAGAAGAUGCAUUGGGUCUAACUAUCACAGACAACGGCGCUGGAUAUGCUUUCAUCAAGAGGAUAAAAGAAGGCAGCACCAUAGAUCGACUGAAAACAGUUUGUGUUGGUGAUCACAUUGAGGCCAUCAAUGACCAGAGCAUUGUGGGGUGUCGACACUACGAGGUGGCAAAGAUGCUGAAAGAGCAGCCGAGAGGGAUUCCCUUCACCCUACGCCUGGUCGGGCCUAAGAAGGCCUUUGACAUGAUUGGAAUGAGGACCAGAGCACCCAAAUCCAACGAGGGGAAGAUGGUGAAUGGGAGGGAGACACUGCGUCUGCGAUCUAAGGGUGCUGCUACAGUUCAGGAAGUGCAGAAUGAGUUUGAAGAACGUGCCACCAGGAAGGUGGAUGACCUGCUGGAGAGCUACAUGGGUAUCAGAGAUCUGGAGCUUGCAACCACCAUCGUGGAAGCAGGAAAAGACAAGAAGAAUCCUGAUGACUUUGCAGAGGCCUUGGACUCUGUUUUGGGAGACUUUGCUUUCCCUGAUGUGUUCUUGUUUGAUGUUUGGGGAGCUAUUGGAGAUGUAAAGAACGGGAGAAUGUAG